AGCAAACGAAGAAGAAAAAAGGCGGACGUUACGUCAUUUCCGCUAGUGUGCUACAAAAAUGAUAUGACGUCGUAAUGAAUGUAAAGCCACGCUUUUAUACUUUGAUGUGUUAGUCGUUCGUUACUUAAAUGUAAUGCGAACUAACACGCGGGACACUUUUCACCACUUCCGCCAUCGACAAAGCCAACAUUGGAUUCAACUCUGAGGAAGUUGGAGACGAGUGACCCGCCAAAAAAAAGCUAGCGAGGUUCGUGACCAUUUUGUUUCUUUGGAGUGAGCAACCAUGAGCGGCUUCAACUUCGGCCAGCCCACCGGGGGCUUCACUUUCGGGGCUCCGAACACGACAGCCACGGCGGCGCCCACCGCAGGGUUUGGUCUGCCGUCGGCCGCGCCAGCAGCCGCCGCCGGAGGUGGCUUCGCAUUCGGGUCAGCCCCCCAGAUGGGUGCCAGUAACCCCACCGGCGGCUUUAGCUUCGGUACCCCGGCAAAGAGCACCGUGCCCAGCGGCAGCCUCUCGUUCGGGACCCCCACCACCACCACCUUUAGUCUGGGCUCAGCUCCACAAACCACGACCGCGGCACCGGGUGCAGGUCUCACGCUGGGCUCCGCCGCCGCGGCCCCGGCUGCGUCGUCAGGGUUCGGCCUGAUCCCAGGCUUGACGGCCUCGGCUGGAGGAGGCUUCUCUUUUGGUGGUGCCGCCGCCCCACUUCAGCCCCAACCGACAGCGCCACCUGCGACGGCAGCAGCCGCGACUGCAGCUGCACCUGGCGGGGUCUCGUUCGGAGGCUUCAGCUUCGGCGGCACCAAGGUCCAGGUCACCACAGCCGCACCCACCGCCGCCGUCCCAGGGGGAGGCUUUGCUUUUGGCUCCACUGCUCCCUCAAACCUCACCAUGGGUGCCCCGCCUGCCGCCACCACCGCACCCCCAGGGGGAGGCUUUGCCUUUGGCUCCACUGCGCCCCCAAACCUUACCCUGGGUGCCCAGCCUGCCACCACCACUGCACCCUUAGCUGCUUUGGGUGGAGGUUUCGGCAUGGGGAUCAAACCCUCAUCCACCCCAGCGCCCCCCGUAGCCUCCCAGGCCGCUUCAUCAGUCGCCCCCUCUCUUUUUACGACCCCCGCCGCCACAACUGCCCCUGCUCCUGCAGCUGGAUCUGGCUUUUCUUUCGGGGCAGCUCCGACUUCAACUGCAGCUCCCGCGGCCGCCACCACCACCACAGCCAGCGCAGGUCUGUCGCUUACGCUCAAGCCUCUGGGAGCGGCAACCGCCACCUCCAUUGUCGCUCCAGUCCCCGCAGCCACAACCGGGUCCUCCACCACGGGCUUCUCGCUGGCGGUCAAGCCGCAGUCCAUCACGAGCGCCGCCGCCACCACAGCCCUGACUACAGCAGCCAUCGCCCUUGCAACCGCCGCCCCUGCUGUAAUGACCUACGUGCAGCUGGAAGGUCUCAUAAACAAGUGGAGCCUUGAGCUGGAAGACCAGGAGAGACAUUUCCUGCAGCAGGCCACUCAGGUCAACGCCUGGGACCGCAUGCUGGUGGAGAACGGCGAGAAGAUCACGUCCCUGCACAAGGAGAUGGAGAAGGUGAAGCUGGACCAGAGGAGGCUCAACCAGGAGUUGGACUUCAUCCUGUCCCAGCAGAAGGAGCUGGAGGACGUGCUGUGUCCACUGGAAGACACGGUGAAGGAGCAGAGCGGCACCAUCUACAUGCAGAACGCGGACGAGGAGCGCGAGAGAACCUACAAGCUGGCGGAGAACGUGGACGCGCAGCUGAAGAGGAUGUCUCAGGACCUGAAGGAGAUCAUCGAGCACCUGAACACGUCCAGCGGCCCCGCAGACACCAGCGACCCGCUCCAGCAGAUCUGCAAAAUCCUCAACGCCCACAUGGAUUCACUCCAGUGGAUCGACCAGAAUUCAGGGCUCCUGCAAAGACGAGUGGAGGAGGUGUCGAAACUGUGCGACAACCAGCGUAAGGAGCAGGAGAAGACCUUCCGUUUAACCUUUGACUGACCCACACAAACAUUUUAUUGACAAAAAUGUAUCUUCGGUAUUUUUGCCGUCGUGGUCAGUCAGACCAAAAGUGUUGAUCACUGUUUGUGUCGGCCUUCUUUCUCACGUCCUUUUCAACGCAGCUCGCUUUUUCAUAGAUAACUGAAGAAAAUGUUUGAUGUCAUAAAAAAUAUUCAAGGAAUGUAAUGCAGUGUUUUCUCAGUGAAUAAAGCAACACCACGAUGGGCAAACAUGAAUUCAUUGACUGGCUAAAUGAACUAAAAACUUC